UCUCUUUGGACCCCGCCGGACUUGGCCUCAGGAAAGCAACCGAGGCUGUCGAAGGCUGCUGGUGCAGAACGCUCUGCUCUACACAAGGGGGUCCCCCGCCCUCUUUCCACUUUUUUUUUUGUUCUUCCCCUCCUUCUCUCUCUCUCUCUCUCUCUCUCUCUCCCUCUCUCUCUCUCUCCACUCCCCCCCUCUCUUCCCCACUCUUCUCCUCUCCCCCCUCGCGCCCACAGCGUUUGGUGUUGAUUCGAGCGGGAAGAGGGGGGUGGGUGGGAUCGGAGGGGGAGACCAUGACCUCCAGCUACGGGCACGUUCUGGAGCGGCAACCGGCGCUGGGCGGCCGCUUGGACAGCCCGGGCAACCUCGACACCCUGCAGGCGAAAAAGAACUUCUCCGUCAGUCACCUGCUAGACCUGGAGGAAGCCGGGGACAUGGUGGCGGCGCAGGCGGACGAGAGCGUGGGCGAGGCCGGCCGGAGCCUACUGGAGUCGCCGGGACUCACCAGCGGCAGCGACACCCCGCAACAGGACAAUGAUCAACUGAACUCAGAGGAAAAGAAAAAGAGAAAGCAGCGGAGGAACAGGACAACCUUCAACAGCAGCCAGCUGCAGGCUUUGGAGCGUGUCUUUGAGCGGACACACUACCCGGAUGCUUUUGUGCGAGAAGACCUCGCCCGCCGGGUGAACCUCACCGAGGCCAGAGUGCAGGUGUGGUUUCAGAACCGAAGAGCCAAAUUCCGCAGGAAUGAGAGAGCCAUGCUGGCCAAUAAAAACGCUUCCCUCCUCAAAUCCUACUCAGGAGAUGUGACUGCUGUGGAGCAGCCCAUCGUACCUCGUCCUGCUCCGAGACCCACUGAUUAUCUCUCCUGGGGGACGGCCUCUCCGUACAGCGCCAUGGCUACUUAUUCUGCCACAUGUGCCAACAAUAGCCCUGCACAGGGCAUCAACAUGGCCAACAGCAUUGCCAACCUGAGACUGAAGGCCAAGGAAUAUAGUUUACAGAGGAACCAGGUGCCAACAGUCAACUGAGGAAAAAAAUAAUUAAACAGGCCUAAGAAGAAAUCAAAAACCAUAAGACACCUAUCCUGCUCUGUCAUUUCUACAUCUGCUGGAAAAAAAUAAAAACAAACAAACAAACAAACAAACACAGAACUAAACUAUUGGGACCAUGGCAGAGAAAAGCAGGAGAGGAGCAAAAUGAAAAUUAGUUAACAAAUGUUCCUCCUCCCUCUGGGAUACCACCACCACUUGUUUCUGUGUGUGUUAAUUUUGUUUUUCCUUCUAUUCAUAUGCUUUGCUUGAUAUACUCUGAGCUUCUUCAGUUAAGUUCAGCCCACCCACCCCCAUGAUUGUAUGGGUUUUAAAAGAAUCUACAGCAGCCAAAGAAACCAUAUAUGUAUAUAUAUUCAGAAUAAUUGCCUAUAGUCUCCUCAUUGACCUGUUUGAACCUCAGUGUCUUACACUAUCCUUCUUCCUAGUUCUCUGUACAGAAGCUCUAGGAACUUCUGAAAAGCCAAAGUCUUUCUGAAGAAUCUGUGCCAGACAUAAUUCCCUUUCUCAUUGUCUCCAUCUCUGUUGGUCAUGGUAAGCUUGUACUAUCAGCUACUGGAAAGAAAAAGCAAUUGUAUACAACAUCUGGUCACUGGCCUGUCUGAUCCAGUGUGAUUGGCUAUGUCUGGCUAAUUCUAAGCUCUAAGUUCUAGAUCUAAGCUCUAGAUUUAAGCUCUAAACUAUAGAGGAUAAUAUUACCAUCACUACCACCCUUCACCCCUAUCCAA